AUGGCCGUCGAGUUCUCUCUGCAGUUGCCGUCGUCCAGGCGCGCUCGACUGGGUCUGUACGCGGCCCUUAUCGCGAGCUGGGUGCUCGUCAUCUCCCUCCUCUUCACCACCCUCCAACACCCACAGAUCGUAUCGGGUGUCGCGCACUAUGUUGUCUCGGCCGUGCGUCCGGGUCUCGGUCUCGAUCAAGUGACCAAGGCCAAACUCGAGCGUCUCGAGACUCUCGAAGAGCAAGCCAACGCGUAUGUCGUCGCGCAUGGCAGGUGUGAUCCCCACCUCUCGACUUUGCUGGAGGAUCUCGACGCCAGGUGGGGCCGCACAGCUCUUGAUAUGAGUGUCGGGUUCGAGGGGAGUGGGAUACGCGUUCGCCGUGUCGCACAAAAACUCCUCGCGGGUGAGCGCGUCGGCAUCACUGUCCUCGGUGGCAGUAUCACCUUUGGACACAGUAUACCAGAAGGAGGGCGGCCGUGGCCCAUCCUCCUCGCCGAGCAGCUCAAACGCGCGUUUCCCAAAGCCAACGUCCACCUCGAGAACAACGCCAUCGGAGCGACUGGAAGCGACUACUUUGGCGCCUGUUACCCACACCACACAGCAGAGGGGACAGACCUGUUCCUCCUCGAGUUUGCCGUAAACGACGCUAUCAUCGAGAUGGCCGCCCAGCACAAGCUCGACACAAUCUGGCACUCUGAGCACCUCGUCCGCGCCAUUGGCCACACCCACCCCGACGCCGCGCUUGUCUUCUUGUCCACAUGGCAGAGACCUCAACACUACAUGACUGGUGCAGACGCCCACGCUACCGUCAGCGAGUACUACGACAUCCCACGCGUCAGCAGUCGCACGUUCCUGUACCGCUACAUGCUCCAGCACCGCGACGAGAUCGAGGACCACUAUGUCCCUUCGGACAACUACUCGCAUCAGAACCAGAAGGGCCACCAGUAUAUGGCCGACAUCAUGUUCCGUUACAUCCUGCAGCAGGCAUGUCGUGUGCAGGGUGCUGGCGGGGUCUUGGAGCAGCUGGUACGCGAGGCCGUUACCGAACCCGUGACCGGCUUUCGGGGGAGCCAACUACCAUCGGCGUACGACCCGUGGUCCUUGCCGCCCCUGCGCGUCCGGCAGAGGAUCGAAGACCAGGAGUUGCUGCCUGACGCCAAGCCCUUCUGCUCCAGUGUCCGCGUUCGCAUCCAGGACGGCAGCGCGCACGGGCAACCCCAACUCCAGCCAAGCGCCAAUAAUGGAUAUGAGCAGUUCGAGUGGAACGACAAGUGGUUCUGGAAGUCCGAGAACGCCGGUUCGCAGAUCACGUUCCCCAACAUCACCGUGGUCGACGGCACCAUCUCCCUCUACUUCCUCCGCUCGUGGGGCCACGACAUGGGUGACCUGCUGUGCUGGGUUGACAAUGACGAGGGUAACGCAGCCCUUCUCACUGGUUGGUGGGGCUUUGUGUCGGUCGGCGCUCGACAGCUCGUGUCACAGGACAUCAAGCCCGGGACGCACAGCCUUACCUGCCGAAGCCAGGAGGCGAAAGCCCACAAUGACGAAAAGCCUGGGACGCGCACCCAGAUCAUUGCCGUCAUGGCCACUUAA